CCCCUCAUCUCUGAGCAAUGCCCCCUCCCAGGGGUGCUGAGGGGGUUCUGCGUGCCUGGGGAGGGAGGUGCCUUCCCCCCGGCUCUGAGCAGGGUUCCUGCAUGGUGAGGAUCCCCCAGUACAACGAGGGGUGUCUCCAAUCCCCACUGGGGCUGCACCCGGCAGGAGGAGUCCGGGAGGGUGCUCGUCCUGCCGUGAACUUUGGCUGCGGGCUCUGCCCCGGCGCAGGGGGAGGAGCGGCCACGGCCCCCCUGGCUCAGUCAGACUCUGCCGCCACCGCAGCCACAGCAGCGCCUAGAGCAGAGUCCUCUGCCCCUCCGAAGUCCCCACAAGGCGUCCUGGAGGAGGACACAGUCCCCACCCCAGAAUUCCUGAGCUGGGGGAGAAUAGGAUGUGUUGGCAGGCCCCGGCAUGUGGCUGUACGUGGUGCUGGCGGCACUGGGCUGGGCGCUGGGCUGGCUGCUGCGCGACCGCCGGACCCUGCCCUCCGUCAAGGACAAGCACGUCUUCAUCACCGGCUGUGACAGCGGCUUCGGCAACCUGCUGGCACGGCGGCUGGCCCGGCGCGGCUACCGGGUGCUGGCUGCCUGCCUUACCCAGAAGGGGGCUGACGGGCUCCAGAGGAGCUGCUCCGGCCACCUCCGCACCACCCUGCUCGACGUCACCCGCUCCGACAGCAUCCGCCGCGCCGCAGAGUGGGUGCGGGCUGAGGUGGGAGAGAAAGGUCUCUUUGGGCUGGUGAACAACGCGGGGGUGGCCAACCCCAUCGGCCCCACGGAGUGGAUGGGGAUGGAAGAUUAUCGCCAGGUGAUGGCCGUCAACGCCUUUGGGACCAUCGAGGUGACGCACGAGCUGUUGCCGCUGCUGAAGCGUGCGCGGGGCCGCGUGGUGAACACCUCCAGUGUGCUGGGCCGCCUCUCUGCCAAUGGCGGGGGCUACUGCAUCUCCAAGUACUGCGUGGAGGCCUUUUCCGACAGCCUGCGGAGGGACAUGUACCACUUCGGGGUGAAGGUCAGCAUCGUGGAGCCCGGCUUCUUCAAGACGGCGGUGACCAACCUGGAGAGCAUCGAGGCGUCGCUGCGGCAGCUCUGGGAGCGCCUGGCGCCCGAGACGCGGCUCAGCUACGGCGAGGAUUUCUUCCACAAGUACCUCAAGGUGCAGCGGUUCAUCAUGAACAUCAUCUGCGACGCCGACCUCAGCAAAGUGACAUGCUGCGUGGAGCACGCGCUGAGCGCCCGGCACCCACGCUCCCGCUACAGCGCGGGCUGGGAUGCCAAACUGCUCUGGCUGCCGGCCUCCUAUCUGCCCUCCUGCCUCAUCGACUUCGUCCUGGCCACCAUCCUGCCCAAGCCGGCGCACCAUGUUCGCUAGAGCCCCCCGCCACGGCCCCUGGCCACCCCCAG